AUGGAUGACUGGGACAACAGUGAUGAACUCGUUCAGCGACUGGAUUUUUCCAGUUGUGGUGAAGAGAGUGAAGACAGAAGCAUACACGAGGAGGAUGCCCUGAGCUCGAGCCCUCCCAGGAGUUGCGAGUUCCAGAAGUGGCAAGGGAGCAGUCCUCUGCCAGCAACCCCUCAGAGAAAGCUUAGUGAUAUUUUCCUGAGCAGGACGAAAGCCUGGGUGAGCCCCACCCUGAAGCCUUCCCCAGCUGUGAGCAAGAGCCGGGGUAAUGCUGAGACACCACUGCACAUCACCUGGAAAAAGCUGCAGCUGUGUGACACCCCACACACUCCCAAGAGCCUGUUAUCAAAGACAGCUUUUCCUUCAUCUGGGGCAAAGGUGCCACCCAAAGGCUUCCGACAUCUGAGGUUUACUCCUGGUGCUGACUUGGAUGACUCUACCCAAGCUUCUCUUGUCAACAUUAAUCCCUUUACACCAGAGUCAUAUCGACAAAUGCUCUUUCUUCCUAAUGGCAAGCGGAAGACCAGAGGAGAGCUGAGGGGUCCUGAUUCAAGAAGCCAGAUAAAACAGGAGCUGCCUACAAAGAGAUAUCCUCUGAAAGAGAGCAAUAUGGUUUCCCGCUACAAGAAGGAGUUCCUGGAACUAGAAAAAAUUGGUGUGGGGGAAUUUGGCUCUGUCUACAAGUGCAUCAAACGCCUUGAUGGAUGUGUUUAUGCCAUCAAACGCUCCAAAAGGCCUCUGGCAGGAUCCUCGGAUGAGCAGCUGGCACUGCGCGAGGUUUAUGCUCACGCUGUCCUUGGACACCACCCCCAUGUUGUGCGCUACUACUCGGCGUGGGCAGAGGACGAUCACAUGAUUAUCCAAAAUGAACACUGCAAUGGCGGGAGUCUCCAAGAUGUGCUGCUGGAAAAUGCGAAGCUUGGCCAGUAUUUCCCAGAAGCAGAGCUGAAAGAAAUAUUGUUACAAGUCUCCAUGGGGCUAAAAUACAUCCAUAACUCUGGCCUUGUGCACCUGGAUAUCAAACCUAGCAAUAUCUUCAUCUGUCACAAGCUGGAAGUUGCGAGCCCUGCUGGGCAGGACGAGAGUGACAGUGAAGAUGAAUUCUCUUCUGGUGUGAUAUAUAAGAUUGGUGACCUUGGCCAUGUGACAUCAGUAACAAACCCCCAGGUGGAGGAAGGAGACAGACGGUUUUUGGCCAAUGAGAUUUUGCAAGAGCAGUACUGCUAUUUGCCAAAGGCAGACAUCUUUGCCCUGGCACUCACAGUAGCUCUAGCGGCCGGCACAGCACCACUGCCUCACAACGGAGCCAUGUGGCACCACAUCCGCAAAGGCAAUAUCCCACCGAUCCCCCAGAAGCUUCCUCAUUGCUUUCUUGAACUCCUCAAGCUCAUGAUCCAUCCUGACCCAGUGGAAAGACCUUCUGCCACAGCUCUUACUAAACAUCCAGUUCUCCGUCCUUCACGUGGAAAUGCUGUGCAGCUCCAGGAGCAGCUAAAUGUGGAGAAGUGCAAGACUGCCAUGCUGGAAAGGGAACUUAAAGCAGCUCGCCUUGCCCAGACCCUCAUGAAGGACCAGCCCUUAGGAAGUGCCAAGUUGCAAGAGUCUGAAACCUCCUCUAAGCAGAACAGCAAGCGCCUGGUGGGAGGGAAGAGCUGUCGCUCAUUUAGCUUUACUUUGGUCUGGCCUCCUGCAUCUCUUUACAGGGGUAAUAGUGGCUGUACAUGGCUGGGUCCUAGAAGUGAGGAGGUGGAGACUGUGGUGCUUCGCCAGUUUGUAAGACAUGAGUCUGAUACAGUUGGCUCAUUGGUACUUGAAAGAUCCAUGAAUCGUGUUCAGUUACUUGGUCGGGUUGGACAGGACCCUAUCAUGAGGCAAGUGGAUGGAAAAAAUCCCGUUACCAUAUUUUCUCUUGCAACCAACGAGAUGUGGCGAACAGGAGAAAGUGAGGUAACCCAGGGAGGCGAUAUCAGUCAGAAGACGACAUGGCACAGGAUCUCUGUCUUCAGACCGGGCCUCAGGGAUGUUACGUAUCAGUAUGUGAAGAAGGGUGCUCGACUCUAUGUUGAAGGGAAGAUAGACUAUGGUGAAUAUACAGAUAAAAACAAUGUUAGGCGGCAGGCCACAACAAUUAUAGCAGAUAAUGUGAUUUUUCUGAGUGAUGGUGGUACGAAAGAAAAGGUGUGAGGUCGUUAGUGCUUGGACCCAGGCCAUUUCAUUCCUUUUGUUUUACAGUGCUUCAUAAUUCUGUAAUCGUGUAUAUUGCUGUAGUUUCUUUAAAAAAUAAAUAAAACGUUUGAUACCUA